CGUACGUGUCAUUACUGUCGCUUUUGCCGUGUCCUUGUCGCGUAAUCUACAAACAGGUAUAUUAAGGUGCAAGAUGGAGGGAGAGUACUCUUACGAUCCAAACUCAUUCGAGGUUACUGAGAAAAUGAUAGAAGAUUACAAUCGCCUAGGGUUUAUUAUUGUGAGGGGGUUGCUGGAUGCACAGGAGAUGGCUCUUUUGCGAAAGACGUUGGAAGGAUCGGACGCAAUCAUGAAACAUGCUUAUCAGAUUCCAGAUGGCCUGGGCAAGUCUGUGGGGAUGUGUAUUUGGAGCCACCCAGGGAACGACAUCACAGGGAUAAUUAGUCGUUCCGAGAAGUUGGUGAGAACGUCAGAAAAGCUAAUAGGACAUGGUGAGAUCUACCAUUAUCACACAAAGCUGCCCAUCAAGGAGCCAAACACAGGGGGAAGUUUCAGAUGGCAUCAAGAUUAUGGGUACUGGUAUCAGAACGGAAACCUAUUUCCAGACCAUCUUAACACUGUGUAUAUUGCCUACGAUAAGAAUGACCGCGAGAAUGGCUGCAUGCAGGUUCUGGUGGGUUCCCACAAGGCCGGACGCCAGACUCAUCACAGAGUUGGGGGCCAGAACGGUAUUGAUGAAGAACGAAUCGAGCACCUGGCCAAAGUUUGCCCGUUGAAGUACGUGGAGCUAGAGCCUGGAGAUGCUUUGAUCUUCAACGCCAACUUGAUCCAUAAGAGCGACGCCAACAACAGUAACAAGCGGCGGUGGUCGUUCCUCGUUUCGUACAACACCAAGGAAAACAACCCGGUGUACGUUCAUCAUCAUGCCCAGUAUACGCCUUUAGAUGUGGUUCCUAAUUCCGCCAUUAAAGCCUGCGCCAACUUCACAGACAUGACGGGGAAGGAAUUUCUGGACCCGUCCAUUGACAAGACCGUCAUCGCAGAUAAAAGUAACCCUGUGAAAAUACCAAAGACUAGCGAAUAA